AUGUCGCCAAAUCUCUUCCUUUGUCUCAAGUCGGUCGGGGAUUGGAUUCCCGAAAAGCCUUUCGAUGAACGCUACGAAUUUCAUUAUCAGUCAGAGCCAGUUCCAGGUAUCUACUUGAUUCUACCAACAACCCGCUACCUUAUCGCCGUCAAGCCUCAGGGCGCGAACGACGGCGGCUGUCUUUUCAAGAACCGUAUAGGCCUCACUGAGCCAGAGAGACGAAUCUAUAAGCCGCAAAAUUCUAUGGAGAGGUCACCAAUAGACUACACAUGGUCAGUGGAUGAAGGAGAGUCAUGUUGGGUCACUGCCGCUACAUGCACCACUGGCACUAUACGCUCCACUUCUGCCGCUUCUCCCUCUUCCCCCGCUAUCACCGACGGCUCCAACAGCUCCAACAGCUCCGGCGCCUCCAGCCGCAGAACCGUAAAAUUCGUUGUCCCUGCACCCAGGCAAGAAUCUAACCCUUACCGUGCCGCUCCCCGACCAGUCUUAAAAUCACCACUCUCCCAAUUGAUAAGCGCCGACGACCUACCCUCGCCGCCACCUCCUCGGGAACCACUAGCCCAGCCCAAAGGCUGGCUUUUCCCCAAGCGCCGUCAAGAAAAAACAAACAAAAUCCGACUCCGCGAUAUCGACUUCAUCGGCUACCGUCCGGUAUCCUACCCUCUGGAAGUCGAGUAUUCAUUUAUCUUCCAGCGCUGGAUGUUCACGACCGAGCUCUCCCGCCGCACGCACAUCUUCGACACUUGCGCUAGCGACGACUGUAUGGAUGCCGUCGUCGGUAGAUGCAACAGCGGUGUCUUGAAGAAGGAAUUCACCUGUCUAGACGAUGGACACUCCUGGAUCCUCACCGGCGACGUCAUUAGGAAAGGCAGGAAACCAAGUAAGGGAGCACCCAAAGUCAAACGACGCCCCCACAUAGACCGGGACACAAACCCCCUCUAUUGUCUGAACGGAGCAGCGAAGAUGCGGAGACAGACAGAGGAAGAAACAAUCGCGAGCAGGAAGAACUUAUGGGAAGAAGAAGGAAAGAUCUUGAGAUGGGCGGGCAAGGACGACGAUUACCUUACGAUCCGACUUUAUUUCCCGAGGAUGCAACUUGGAAAGUUAUGGUCUUGA